AUGAAGUACGUCGACGGAGUCAAGCACUCGCUAGAGACAGAUGUGACAUGGCAUCGAACCUUCUCUUUGACCAAGAGGGGUGCUCGAGCGCUGCCACGAGCGACAGCAGAGUAUCUCGAAGACAAGUUUCCUAUCAUCGGAUGGCUCCCCAGAUACGACUAUCGUUGGAUCCUGAACGACGUUAUCGCGGGCCUCACACUCGGCAUUAUGCUGAUACCCCAGUCGCUUGCCUAUGCCAAAAUUGCAACUAUGCCGGUGCAGUAUGGUCUCAUGUCGUCGUGGCUCCCGGCGACGCUGUACGCCUUCAUGGGAACGAGCAAAGACUUAUCGACGGGUCCAACGUCUCUUAUCGGCCUUCUGACCGCCGAGGUCGUUGCAGACCUGACUAAAGAAGGCUACACCGCACAGCAGGUCGGAAGUGCAGUUGCCAUGGGCAUGGGCAUCUACAGCAUGAUACUUGGCUUCCUCAAGCUUGGCUUCCUGCUGGACUUCGUCUCGACGCCCAUCCUGAACGGCUUCAUCUCCGCAGUGGCCAUCGUUAUCGGACUUGGUCAAGUCGACUCCUUGAUAGGGGAGGAGGAUGUUCGUGACGGUACCGCCCACAUUAUACACGACGUCUUCUCGAUGCUUCCCGAGGCAAACGGUUACACCUGCGGCAUCGGCUUCGGUAGCAUCAUCCUCCUCGUUGCAUUGGAGCAGAUCGGCAAGCGAUGGGGAAACAAGAGCAAGAUCUUAUUCUACCUGUCAAUCCUCAGAGCGUUUAUCGCUUUGCUCGUCUUCACCGGCAUCAGCUACGCCGUCAACAAGCCUCGCGGUCCUGAUACCGACAACUUUCUCUUCUCGGUCGCCGAAGUCGAGAAGACAGUGAUCACAGCCGAAGUCACGGAUGCGAAGCUCUUCGCCAAAGCGUUCCCUCGCGCCAUUGCUCCUUUCAUUGCGGCCGCGUUGGAGCACGUCGCCAUCGCUCGAGCGUUCGGCAACCGGAAUAACUACGUGACAGACACCAGUCAGGAACUCUGCUACCUCGGCUUGGUCAACCUCAUCAACAGCUUCUUCCACUCGAUGGGCGUCGGUGGUGCCAUGUCCAGGACUGCCGUCAACUCCUCUUGCAAGGUUCGGUCGCCACUUUCAGGAUUCGUCACCACGGCAGUCGUCCUCAUAUCGAUCUACGAGCUCACCGGUGCAUUGUACUGGAUUCCCAAGGCCACACUGUCGGCGAUCGUCAUCACAGCCAUUUGGCCUCUAAUUGGGACAUGGAGGACGUACUACAACUACUGGCGUACCUCACUCACCGACUUCAUCGCCGCCAUGGUGGCCUUUUGGGUCUCCCUGUUCGUCAGCACUGAGAUUGGUAUCGGUGCUGCGGUGGGUUGGAUGCUGGUCCAGACGUUGCUGAGACAAGCUUUCAGCCGUGUCACCCAGAUCGGUGCGGAUACUCCUUCGGAACUGGCAAGGUCCAUCGACGACUCGCGAGGCGUGCCAAACUCCAUCCCGUCGGACACUCGAAUCUACAAAAUAAACGAGAGCCUGUUCUUCCCCAAUGCUCAGAGGGUGAAACAACAAAUCUUGGAUUCGCUUCAGACUCAUCACUCCGCUCAGUACAGCAGCAUAAAUGGCUCGGAAGCCGAACGGACCUGGAGUGUCGUCGGCGAAAGGCGGAUCAAGAAACUGAGGAGGGCAGCUGGUGUCCACGAUGCCGCCGACCUCCCACCGAUACGCCUUGUCGUCCUCGACUGGUCUCGGGUCAACCAUUUCGACGUAACCGCGUGCCUCAAGAUGCGCGAGUUCAUGAAUGAAGUCCGCAAGUACGCUGGUCCAGACGUCGAGAUUCGCUUCGCAGGCAUGGCCAACCAUGUGCGCAACCGCUUUGACCGUGCCCGACCGGCAUGGAACUUAAUCGAUGGGGCCACUCUUCCCAACAACGGUGAUGGAAAGACCAGUAAGGUCGAAGAGGUGAGGGUGUUCAAUAGCGUUAGUGAGGCGGUCACGGCUUUCCGAUACAACGAUGUCGAACGGGCUAUGGAGGAGAAGAUGAAGACGGAGCGUAAAGAGGAGGCAUGA